AUGUCGCUGGCGGGCUGUUGCACAGUGAAACUGCCCUGCCCGCCUCCUGCCCCGGACGCCGACACCAGCCACGCCACCGACCUGCUCACACGCUGCCAACAGACCCAUGAGGAGCUUGGGAACCUGCUGUGCAGCCUGUCGUUUCUGGAACGGAAGCGUGACAAGAUCGAAAAGGGUGCGAAGACUCCGGACCGGUCAGGCUCUACAUCCAAGGAGAGUAACCGGCACAGCGAGAGUGACGCAGGCGACCGACGCGAGGUCCGCUUCGACCGCCGAAGCUACGGCUACGGGCCGCAGGGGCCGCAAGCCUUCGAACCCCCGCCUCCGUUGAUGAUGGCGCUCCCAAUGAAGCCGGAAGCUACCGUGGAGAGCUUGCGGCCCCUGCAGCCGGCUCAGCCGUCGCCGUCGGUGCCGCCGGUGCCAACUUCCAGUCCUCCAAGGGGCCGGGCCAAGCGGGGCGACUCGUCCAAGGGAACUGCAACGAGCCGGCUGCCCAACGAGGGCGUCAACAACACGUACUCGAUCAAUGGGAUCACCUCGCAGCCGAUCCAAGUCUUCCGCAACUCUUUGGUGGACUUCAUUCGGUCCAACUACUCCUCGAUUGAGCGGCAAGAGACCUGUUGCAGUCGAACAAUUGCCUCCUUCGUCAUGUUCUGCGCCUGGCUUCUUGACCUGAAGGAGCCUGAGCGAACCGGGCGCCUUGCGCGGGCCGUCGACAGUACCGCCUUUGCCUUCCUCUCCACGGUAGUGAUCCUUGCCAAUGCCGUCUUCAUAUUGUAUGCCACAGACUACGAGAUGCAGCAUCUCAGUAAUCCCACGAAUGCACAGAUCCGGUCUGUCGACCUGAGCCUCGCUGGCUUUUACGUUGUAGAAGUGCUUUUGAAGCUCAUCGUGCACAAAUUAUUCUUCUUCUGGAACAGUGAGUGGAGAUGGAAUAUCUUUGACUUCUCUCUGGUGUUGUUUGCCAUCGUGGAGAACGUCCUGGCAUACGAUUGGAUGCAUGGCACAAAGGACACCGGCGUGAACCUUGGCUUCUUGAGGCUGUUCCGGCUCUGCAAGAUCGUCAAGAUUCUGCGCAUCUUCCGCACGCUGAAGUUCUUCAGCGAGCUGCGGCUAAUGCUGGAUUGCAUGAUCGGCUCGCUGUUGAAUGUGAUUUGGUGCGUCGUCAUGAUGGUCUUCGUGAUGUAUGUCUUCGCUCUCUUUGUCCAGCAGCUUCUGGCUUCCUUCCUAGUGGAGGACGGGGGCCGCGACAGUCCAGAGGCUGUGGCCGAGAUCAGCUCCUUCUUCGGCUCAGUGGGCAUGACCUUGAUCACACUCUUCCAAGCGUCCACCUCCGGCGUGGACUGGAAGGAGCCCUACGACGCGCUCUGGGUAUCCGGGCCGGUGCUGCCAACAGCCUUCCUCUUCUACGUCGCCUUCGUCUUCAUCUCCGUCUGGAACAUCAUUACCAGCACGUUCGUGGAGAAAGCGCUGAAGCUGGCGCAGCCGGAUAUUGACCUGCUGGUUAUGGAGCAGCAACUCCAGGAUUACGAGGACACGCAGAUGCUGGCGCAGCUCUUCGCCCACAUGCUGCAAACGGACGAGGACGGCUUGCCCCGAGUUGGGCUGGAGGAGUUCCGCCACCUCGUGGAGAACAGCGAAUUCCGCUCCUACUUGCAAACCAGGGGGAUCGACAUCAAGAACGCCGAGACAUUCUUCAAGAUGCUGGUGGAGCUGCAUGGGGAGCCCACCAUCGAUGCGAUCACUUUUGCAAACGCCUGCGUGCGGAUGAAAGGUGCUGCGACGAGCAUCGACCUGCAAACAGUCAUGUACACGACUCACCUGAUGAACAAGGAGCAGCGACGGGCCUUCCAGUUCAUGUACAGCCGCUUGAAGUCCAUCGAGUCCAUGCUCCGCGCCGGACACCGAAACUCUCGCUGCGCCUUCUCCUGCCCGCUCUGA